AUGGUGCGACGAAAGGAGGAGAUUGAGCCCUUCAUCCCGGGGGUGUUUGAUGCGUACGUCAGCAACAUGUCCCUGGAGGGCAUCUGGGGAGGGGAGCCAGAAUUGGCGGUGGCCAUCCAUUGCAUCCGGCGACCCAUCAUUGUAAAGUCUGGCAUCUUUGGCAAGGAUCUGGAGAAGGUGUCAGAGUAUGGGGCGCAGGAGUACCCGGGGGUCUCACCCGUCUGCCUGCUCUUCUCUGGUUGCCACUAUGACCUCCUCAUGCAAGUGCUGCAGUAA